GUAACAACCCGUUCAUUAAUAUUCCGAAUUAAUGGAACAGCAGGUACACCUUUCGGACCAUCAUGGAGAGGUUCUUGUAGUAUGCCUGCCAGUGGAAAGCCCUGUGAUUUGACGCCCUGUGAUUCGAUGCCUGAUCACAAGGUACCCGCGAAGCACUACACAAUGUCAAAACACCCUGUUUCCGUGCUUCAACUGGACAGAUAGCAGAUUUCUCUUGUCUUUGCCGCCCUAUUGACGAUGCACAGGUUCUCUCUCCCUUGCCUGACCAAGCAGCCAAGGGAUGUUUGACUAGGGCUCACGCGACCUUUCGUGGCAAUUCAGUAGCCACAUGUUUACAGACCAGUUGAUCCUCACCAGAGCAUGCAGCAGUUCUUCGAGAAUACAGCCUGAUGUCCUUGGUAGCAUGUGUUAUAGCGAUGGGGAGGCCAUUUAUCUCUCUCGUCAAUAUUCGUGAACUCUUGGCGCUCGACGAUGCUGAACCUGAAUCAUAUUCUUACCUUCUUUCUUACCCUCUCCCUUUUCUCCUUGGUCGCUGCUGAACCUUACAACACCUUCGACGGACCCGGGUUUCCCGCAUGCAAUGCCGUUUCGCAAGUCUAUCAGCCUUCCACGGUUGACGAGAUAGUCAGUAUUGUCAAGAAUGCCAGUGAUAACGGCAUUCCUGUCCGAGCCAGUGGCAAUGGGCAUAUGUGGUAUGAUACCAUGUGUUCAGACGAUCCUAACACAAUCAUAAUUAAAACCGACGCUGUUAACGGCAUCUCCGAUCUCCAAUUGACAGAUGGUGUCGGAAGUGUAGUUGUUGAGGCCGGCGUCACGUUUCCACAAUUGGCAGAAUGGCUACAUGAACGUGGUGCAGCCCUUGGAUAUACCCUAGUUAAUUGGAACAUUACUAUCGCCGGCGCCGUUGCUAUGGGUGCCCACCGGUCCUCUUUACGUGAGGACUCUCAGGUUUCUAGUGCCGCGAUGGCCCUAGACAUCAUCAACGGACAGGGUGAUCUUGUUCAUCUUGAGAGGGACCAAACCAAUGACACCUGGCUGGCCGCUACCACAUCCCUCGGACUGCUUGGAGUCAUCGCCCGAGUGGAGAUUGCGGUCGUCUCAGAUUACAAGGUGUACGCGAAUCAGACCAUUUUAGAUGAGGACGAUGUCUUGAAUGGAGAUAUAUACGCGCAAAUUUCGCCCUAUGUGACUGCAAACUAUUGGUGGUGGCCAGGACUGAAAAAGUUCCAUCUUCGAACGUAUGGUGUGGUUGAUAUUGAUCAGCCAGAAGACGCUUUUCAGUCAACCUUUUCUGUGACAGAGAUCGAAGCGAACCUUGCACUUACCCUACUCAACGCCGGUCAGAACCUCAGCCUUCCCAACUUCUUUAGUGAGAGCGUGUUGUACGCCAUCUGGACAGCUCCAAACUUCCAUGAGAAAACAUAUAACGUGCCUCUUCUAAGCUGGCCUGUUUAUGGAACGGCUUAUGACGUCCUCAUCGGAGGCCUGUAUCCAAACGAGGAGACGGAGUGGUACUAUGGCCUGCAUGGCCUGACUUUGGAGUUCGCAGUUCCUGUUACACAAGCCAAUCAACUCCUGAAGCGCGUUCGUGAACUAUUUGACCAAUCGGCAGCUGAUGGCGAAGCAGUGACGUCGACGUAUCGAAGUGGUAUCAACAUCAAAUUUGGGAAACCAUUCGAUAGCCUCUUGGGUCAAACAACUGAACGUGCCGGUGAAAUUCCCGGUGAUUGGUCAAAGGCGGGUGGUGCCAUUAUGUUUGACUUCCCAACCUUUCGCCCAACCUUGGGUGACCAUCAUCGCUAUAACGAAGAAUGGUAUGCGACUUUGGCCACUACGCUUAUUAAUGAAUUCCCAGUCCGUCCUCACUGGACCAAGAAUACUCGUUCCAUAUUCCAACAGGCUUUGAAGAAUCUUGAUCAGGAUAGCCUGUCCCGAUUUGCGGAGGUCAGAAAACAGUUUGACCCGAAUGGCACAUUUAAGAGUAUCGUUGGAGAGAUUAUUGGAGUGAUGUGAACAGACUUCAUGAAUAUGACCUCGUCGAGUCUGUUUCUAUCUCGUGAUGACUGUUGAUACCUAAAGCCGGCACUUCAAUCGUUGUACUAAGCCUAUAAAUCUAUAUAACAUAUAAUGAGUACUUGUAGUUCUGCUUUCUCGUAUCUCUGUAAAGAAAGAUUAAGUAUUCACUUUUACCGC